UUAAGGCACACAGACACACACAUCCAUUCAGGGAGGUUGAGCAGGGGCACAGGAGGAUAGCAUUUCCCAUCCGGAAUGAUUGGAGGGAGGAGGUGUGCAGGGAGUUUGGGCAGUUCUGAUUCUGGUUUGGUGAGUUUCAGGGGCAGGUAUAGUGUGUACACCUUACACACAGCAGCAGAGGCAGGAGGCAAAGAGAAGGAACCAUUGGAAGAUUUCUGGUGAAACAAAAGGGGAGGCAAGCAAGAAACCCUCAAAGAGUUUUUGACGGUGACGAUCCAGGAGCGUCAAGGUUGAGUUUACUCUCAUGAAGCCCUGAUUGGAACAACGCAUAAGGUUUACUGUGAAGGAAGAUAGAUUCCGGUGUCUCAUAGGAUCAAGAAGACAGGAGUUUCCUUGACAGCAAAGCACAAGGUGAGAGACAGACCUGAAGACGGUGCACAGGAGGAGGUUAAGAGAAGGAGAAGAUGAAAAAGUGACAAGUUGGAUCGUUCCUUUCUGAGUGGUGGAAGAAGACUCAACAGCGACACAGUGACUAUACGUCCCAUCACCCUAAAGGCCAAAAAUCUGAUUGGAUGGUUUUCUCAGAAUGACAGCGGAAGAUCCCAUUUCCUCAUCAAACAUGAGCAACAACUCUGCCCCCUCCAAACCCUCCAAACCGUCUGGUGCCUCUCACCAUGCACUCCAAGGACAGAUCACACUCCCAGAGGGAGUUGCAGGAGCUCCCAAUGAGGCCGCUCUGCUGUCUUUGAUGGAACGCACUGGCUACAGCAUGGUCCAAGAAAACGGUCAGCGCAAAUACGGGCCCCCUCCAGGUUGGAGUGGUCCGUCUCCUCCUCGAGGAUGUGAAAUCUUUGUUGGCAAAAUCCCACGAGAUGUUUAUGAGGACGAAUUGGUUCCAGUAUUUGAGUCCGUGGGCCGCAUCUAUGAGAUGCGUUUGAUGAUGGACUUUGAUGGGAAAAACAGAGGGUACGCAUUUGUUAUGUACACAGAAAAACAUGAAGCCAAGAGGGCAGUGCGGGAGCUCAAUAACUAUGAAGUGCGGCCUGGCCGGCUGCUGGGGGUCUGCUCCUCAGUGGACAACUGCCGUCUCUUCAUUGGUGGGAUUCCCAAAACAAAGAAGCGUGAAGAGAUCCUAGAGGAAGUCUCCAAAGUAACAGAGGGUGUAUUAGACGUGAUAGUUUAUGCCAGUGCUGCUGACAAGAUGAAGAACCGUGGCUUUGCCUUUGUUGAGUAUGAAUCACAUCGAGCAGCCGCCAUGGCUCGCAGGAAGUUGAUGCCAGGAAGAAUUCAGCUGUGGGGCCACCAGAUCGCAGUAGACUGGGCUGAGCCAGAGAUUGAUGUAGAUGAAGAUGUGAUGGAGACAGUAAAGAUACUCUACGUUAGGAAUCUAAUGAUGGAGACCAGUGAGGAGGCAAUCAGAAAGAUUUUCAGCCAGUGGAACCCUGGAUGUGUGGAACGUGUAAAGAAAAUCCGUGACUAUGCUUUUGUCCACUUUACAUCCCGAGAUGAUGCUGUUCUGGCCAUGGACCACCUCAAUGGCACAGAGAUUGAAGGGUCCUGCAUCGAAGUGACGCUUGCCAAGCCAGUAGAUAAAGAGCAGUACUCGCGUCAGAAAGCCUCUAAAGGAGGCGCGUCUGCCACACCAGAGGCUACCCAGCAAAACUACGUCUACCAGUGUGACCCCUACACGCUGGCUUACUACGGUUACCCUUACAGCACCCUAAUUGGACCGAACAGGGAAUACUUUGUUAAAGGAUCCACAAUGAUACAGAACAAUGCAGGUACUGUGCGAGGGCGUGGUCGUGCUGCUGCAGGUAAUCGUACCCCUGGACCUCGAGGGUCUUACCUAGGGGGUUAUUCUGCCGGUCGUGGCAUCUACAGUCGCUACCAUGAGGGCAAGACCAAGCAGUCCGAAAAGCCCUAUGAACUGAUGUCCAGUCUGGAGCUUGCUGCCUCCGUCAACCCAGUUGGCAUCAAACCAGGCACAAUGGCAUUGCCAGGUCUGGGUGCCCAGUACCAAGUGUUCAGCGCUGCUCCUACAGCCAAAGUGAUGGAGGAGGGAAAAGUGCACACAGUGGAGCAUCUUAUGAACCCUCUGACCAUGCAGCACCCUGAACACAGCGCUCCCACUGCUGCUGCUGCCACCGUCCUGCCUGCAGUGUCCACUCCUCCACCCUUCCAGGGCCGUCCAAUCACUCCCGUCUAUGCCAUGCCCCACAACGUCCAGCGCAUCCCAGCAGCCACCAGUCUAUAUGGAGGGUAUGUUCCCAUUGCCAACUACGCUGCCAACACAGCCGCUCUGGCCGCCCUGCAGAAAAAUGCCGCCAUGGCAGCCACGGCGUAUGGAGGUUACGCCAGCUACGCUGUACCCCAAGCCUUUCCUGCUGCUGCCUUCCCACUGCCCAUCCACGACAUCUACCAGUCGUACUGAUGUUUAGGCUCAGAUCGAGUCAUCUGGUGACUGAAUCUCUACAGCGUUUGCCUGCAAU